GCAGCGCUGCGCUGUGUGAGAAAUCAAAGCGCAGGCGUCGAGUCGGGAGGGAGCCUAUCUUGCGCAGGCUGGAUACUGUACAUGGCCAUUGAUGCUGCUGGAUAGAUGUAGCCCCCGAUGUAAAUAAGAAUGGCGAGGGCAGCGGGUCUGACACGCCGAGUUAUCUCUGCUUGACAUCGGAACAUCACACCAUCGGGAUUAUAUUUAAGAAGAAAGAAAGAAAAACGCGGGGUCCGUUUUUUUCAUCUGAAUCUGUCUUGACAGCUCGCCCGAUGGUUUUCAUUUGACACAAAGCAGACGGGCGGCUUCUUCUAAUAAACACUUGGGAAAAACGGGUCAUUAUGACCUUAGUAUCCUCCAGUAAAAGAAAACCAUCGGAUUGUUUUUACGCGGCAGCAUUCUGCUUGCAUCUUUUGCUUUGGAUUUCGUGUGCCGUGUCCGGAGAGGGGGAUCAUCAGUUCAGCGUUGAGGGAUGGCUACAGAGGUAUGGCUACCUUCCCCGCACAGAACCAGGCAUGUCUGUCCUGCGAUCGGCCCAAACCAUGCACUCAGCUCUUGCUGCCAUGCAGCGUGUCUACGGGCUCAAUGUCACAGGGACACUGGAUGAGAAAACCAAGGAUGAUAUCACCCUGAGCUGGAUGCAAAAGCCACGCUGCGGUGUUCCGGACAAAUUCAGAAGCACGUCAAGGUCACGGAGGCGGAGAUACGCUCUGACGGGACAGAAGUGGCAGCGAACACACAUAACCUACAGCAUAAAAAAUGUUACCCCGAAGGUGGGCGCCCGUGAGACUCACGAUGCCAUCCGGCGGGCGUUUGACGUGUGGCAGGGUGUGACUCCCCUACGCUUCGAGGCCGUUCCGUACAGCGCCCUGGAGACUGGCAGGCGUGACGUAGACAUCACUAUCAUCUUCGCUUCUGGUUUUCACGGUGACAGCUCACCCUUCGAUGGGGAGGGAGGAUUCCUCGCCCACGCCUAUUUUCCGGGCCCAGGCAUAGGAGGAGAUACACACUUUGACUCCGAUGAGCCUUGGACGCUUGGGAACCCCAACCAUGAUGGUAACGACCUAUUCUUGGUUGCGGUUCAUGAGCUGGGCCACGCCCUCGGUCUGGAGCAUUCCAAUGACCCCACUGCUAUCAUGGCUCCUUUCUAUCAGUACAUGGACACUGAGGACUUCAAACUACCUCACGAUGACCUACAGGGCAUCCAGAAAAUCUACGGUCCACCGGAUAGAGCCCCACAGCCCACCCGGCCUCCACCCACAGUCCCACCUCCUCGCUUUCACCCUCCUUCCGACCCACGUAAACACGAUCGCCAUGCCAGACCCCAUCGGCCUCCACUGAGUGCCAAACCCUCCAGCCCAAACUCCAAACCUAACAUCUGUGAUGGAGGCUUCAACACUCUGGCCAUUCUCCGAAAUGAGCUCUUUGUGUUCAAGGACCAGUGGUUCUGGAGGGUACGAGACAAUUCAGUAGUUCCUGGCUACCCCAUGCAGAUAAGCUACUUCUGGAAUGGCUUACCUCCCAAAAUUGAUGCCGUGUAUGAAAACAGCGAAGGGAAAUUUGUUUUUUUCAAAGGAAACCGUUUCUGGGUCUUCAAGGACACAACUCUCCAGCCUUCGUACCCUCAGGACAUCUCGCUGUUCGGGAGUAGCAUGCCCACACAGAGUAUUGAGACAGCUGUCUGGUGGGAGGAUGUCGCCAAAACCUACUUCUUCAAAGGAGACAGAUACUGGAGGUACAACGAGGAUAUGAGAACCAUGGACCCGGGUUACCCAAAACCCAUCACCAUCUGGAAGGGCAUCCCUGACUCUCCACAAGGGGCUUUUGUGGACAAGGCCAACGGUUUCACCUACUUUUACAAAGGAAAGGAGUACUGGAAAUUCAACAACCAGCUGCUUCGCGUGGAGCCUAACUACCCGAGGUCCAUUCUGAGGGACUUCAUGGGCUGCGACAGCCUACCCGCCGACCCCGAUUGGGACUGGAGCCCCACGGUGGUAGAGGAGCGCCACUAUGACAACGGUGAUGCAGACGUUGUUAUCAAACUAGACAGCGCUGGAGGUACGGAGAAAGCGGUGGCCAUUGCUAUCCCCUGCGUUCUGGCGCUGUGCAUGAUGGUCCUCCUCUACACUGUUUUCCAGUUCAGGAGGAAGAGCACGCAGCGCCACAUACUGUACUGCAAACGCUCCAUGCAGGAGUGGGUCUGAGGGAUUGUCGCUGCACUGUAUAGAAAGGGUUGUAAAGCUCUGAUAAAGGUCUAGUUAUUGCUCCAAGCCCUAAGUACAGUAAUUGGGAGCGCUGUAAAGGGUACAGCAGAUGAGGUUUGCCAUGUAGGCAGAUUUCAGAACUGCUCGAACUCGUGACAUGCAAACUGCAAAGAAGUGAAACGAUCAGCAGAACUCAAACGAGGACGGUGCUGGAGCCACACCUAUGUCUAACUAAUAUGUAUGUAUCAGCUUUGACUUUUUCUGUAUCUUGGAAUGAACUCAAUUAAGUGAGACAGAGUUAAGCUUGUGUAAGUGGGACCUUUGUCUAUCCCCAUCUCUGCACGCCACUUAAAAAGCCCCAAGCACUAACUUCAGUGGACAAAUUAGAUAUAGGCUUCUACUUUGCUUUCAUUUCUUAAUUAAAUUGCCCUGAGCUGUGCUUUCCUUAAUUUAGGGUCCCCUGUAAAAGAUUAUUCAUUGUGCUGCGGAUUCACACACGAACCAAAUAUGACCUUUUUCUUCCAAAGAGGAUUACUGCUUGAUGUGUUGUUUUUGAUGGGAUUUUUUUUUUCCCCUGCGUGGAUCAAACUUCGUGGACCAUACUCUGAUUUUCUUUUGCCAUGUCUAUUCAUAUCCACCCGUCUGCUCGCUAAUCUGUUGGGAUAAGACGCAGCCGUUAGAGGUAGGAAUUCAAGACUGUUGUGGAGUCUAUCUCCAAAACAGGGGCCAAAAAAACCUCUCUGCAAUAUUCAUGAGACUGCCUUAACCACACAUUGCUUAAAGUUCCCUUUGCUCUCUUUCUCCUUUUCUCUGGUCCAGAGAGUUGAAGAUGCUGAGUGAAUUCCUUACUGCCCAGACGUUAAAGCAGUAUUUGAGGAGGUUUAUUGUUCUUGAAGUGUGCUAAGCUGUGCCUGGUGGAAAGUAGGCUAUCAGCUUUCAUUUACUCCAUCACCUGAGGGUAUGAGAGAGGAGGGCGUUUGUUGUACACUGUAAAAAACAAACAAACAAACAAAAAGGCACAAAUGUGCGGGUAAUUUACAUUGUGCAUUACCUGUUUUCGUUGUUGUUGUUGUUUUUGGUUUUACAGAAGUUUCCAUGAACGGUAAGUGGUAAAAUCGAAAGGUCAUUAAAAAAACAAACCAUGAGUAAAAUAUAAAUAUGGAAAAUUAAUUCAUUUUAAAACCGUACAUUGUACUGCAUUUCUACUAUUUUUUUUACAGUGUAUGUUUGAGGGAAAAGAGGGGUGGAUACCCACAUUAUAGAUGUACUGUACUAUUAUUGAACUAUUAUAUUGAACAACCAACAACCUGCAUCCUUUUUACCUGCCCGGUUUGGACAACAGUACUCCAAACAGCGUUAAUCCAUAUAUUUUAAAAAGCUUUACAAAUCCAUGUUUUUUUGGUACAAGGUUUGUAAGUUUACAUAAUAUUUCAUAUCGAACAAAAUAACUUGAUCCACCUGUUUUUUUGAAGACAACAUAUUUCUUAAUAGAAGCAAACAAUCUCUACUUACCACAAGCACAACACGUAUCAGUGGCCAGUGCUGUUGCCCAGAUUGCUCCAUCGUCUCACUACUUUGUGCAACAAGGUUUUGAUGCACAGCACUGCUGUAAUCAAGAAAAUAUGUCUAAACAUGCAGAGGAAUUAAAAAGCAGAAAUAAAGACACUAACUUAUUUUGAUAUUUGAAAAAACUCUUAACCAGGUUUGUCUGUGUUUUUAAAACUCAGGCUGUUUUAUGCAAUCUAACUCUUGACUAACCACUAUACAAACACUAUGUUACAUUAACAAUUUACUAAUCCCAGUUUAUAGAACUAAUAAAAAAUGGAAUUAACAGGAUUAUUUGAAAAACAAAAACAGCUAAAUUUAAUCUAAAAUAUUUCUCAUAUACAGUAUAAUAUGUGUCAUUUAAUAUAUGCAUAGUACAUAUAUAAAUCUUAUGAAUUUAGGAAAACAAAACAACAUAAAAAGACAGGCUCUCUCCGAGGUGAGAUGGAGCCAAACUGAGCAAAAGCUUUUCUGUCACCAUAUAAUGUGUUAUAAAUGCAAUACAGCCUGGAUCCUAAUUAAUAUGUCGGUCUGCCAUAUAUGUAACGACGGGGUUGUGCGGCGUAGCAUUUCUCAGAGUAUGCCAGAUGAUCCAUCUCCAUUCAUGAUGUGAUUUCAGUUCUUUUUGCUACUCUUUUACUUGAAAUGGUCCUCGGCACCAACUGUACAGGAUAUCUUACAUAACCCUCCGCUGAUAUUGAGGCAAUGCCAUUUUAUAACAUAUCAGAUAGGGAAUUUUAGAUUUAAAAUGUUCUUAUCUUUGAAUGAUCUACUGAAAGGUACAUGUAUGGAGCUGUGAUUGAUGGGUUAAAACCUUUAUUAUACAUAAUUUGUAACAGAUACAAAUUAAAUCUUAAAUAAGGGCAAUGCAUGCCGUGUUUAAACUAAGAUGUCAUUCUUUCAUAGCCGUUGCCCGUGGGUCAUCCUCGUACCAGUCUUUCCCUCGGUAUUUAGAUGAAGUGGUUGGUCAGACUUGGAUUUUUUCUGCUCAAAGCAUUGGCAGUCAUGCUAUAUGAUCCAUGUAAAAAUGGCUAGCUUCCUUCUCUGUCCUUGCUGUUCUAGUUUUCAUGCAACAGUCAACAGUAAUGAAAGAAAAUGUAAAGACAGGAGCAGCUUUGCUUUCCCGAAGCAGUGCUAAAUCGCUGUGCACAUCAGUCCCUGUCGAUCCAUGAUCAGGUUGAAGCAAAAGCCUUUGGCUCAGUGUCGUGUAUGAUGUCUUAUCAGUUUGUGUGUUUGUGGUGAGGAUCUGGUGGCGCCAGAGCGUGUGAAGUGAGGCAGGUCAGUACUGUAUUUAUUGCCGUAUUUAUUCCUGUGUGCUCAGAACCUCAACUCUCGCAUUGCAUUGUACUGAGGGCAAGAAAUUGUCAAUAAAAUGGGAGUGAAAUGCAAUAUUUUUUCUAGUCUCACAGCUACUAAGUAAUCCUUGUCCUUCUGUUACUGCCUAAGCAACAAACCAUUUCAUGUGGCAUAUGGUUUUCCGUCUUUGAGAGGGAGACCAAAUGUUUAAAGGUUAAAAACUCUUCAGUGAACUUUGUCAUGCAUCAAGUGAACGAACCGCUGGACUUUUUUUUAGAUAUGUGAAAAGCAGAAGGUCACAGCGCGUCAACAUGUCCUUGGUUGUCCCCAGACUCCUGAGUGCUUUUUUUAAGGUCUGCCUUGACACAUGCUGCUAAGCAUUAGGGCUAAUUUAGAGUGUCAUUAAAGGAAGUGGAUGAGGCUGAUUAGACAGCAGUCAUUACACCAGAGAGGCAAGAGACGAGGAGCAUUCUGCAGUCACUGCAGUCUAGAUGUGAUAGCCAGAUGCAGUACAUGCCAUAUAUACUCCAAGGCACAGUGUAUAAGAAGUAAACAUUUGGCAUAAUAUGUAUAUAUAUAUAUAUAUAUAAGCCAGACUGUAUACUGUUUCCUUCAGGCAGUUCUGUUUUUAAUCCAUCCAUUUCAUGGAUAACGAACAUGCUGUGUGUUGUAAAUAAAACAAGUGCAUAAU